AGGUCCGCCCCCAAACCAGAAGAACGAGCUCUCUAACCACCACACACCUGGGAGAGUAAACAUGGUAUGCGUUGAAGCCACUCUUAGAUAUGUAGGACAGUAGGAGCAAUGACAGUUGCCGCUACCUUACCAGACUACAACAACCUUUUUUUUUGCUGCUAUUAUGGAUGAAGACACUGAAGGUACAGACGAGCUGUCCUUAACACAUGGAAGCAACACCUUGAUUGAAAUAUAUCAUGUUACGCCAAGGAAGGUUUUCUGGAAAGCCCUGUCCACCUACCCCCUUCAUCUUGCUGCAAUGAACAGAAAGCUGGAGAGCAUGAAGAGUUUGUUGGCAAUGGGAGCAGACAUUGAAAAAAGGGACAAACAAGGCAGAACAUCACUACACUUAGUAAUUAUGAGCUGGCCAAGCUUACAGAGUUCAACGAAAAAAUCCUCAAAUUCUUCUCCUUUCCAAGCGAUUUUGAUGCGUGUUUGUGAAAAGGUAGAGGCCUGUUUACAACUUCUCUGUGAGCAUGGUGCAGACAUAAAUGCUGAGGUGACUGGGGUCAAUAAAGAGACAGCCCUUCACAUAGCAGUGUCCUACUCAGCCCUACCUGCUGUCAAAACUCUUAUCCGCUAUGGAGCCAAUGUUAAUGUAAUGGACAGCGCGGGAAUGACACCCCUACACAGAGCUGCAGGGAUACUCAAUAAGGACAUACUUUUGCACUUGAUCAAGCACGGAGCAGAUGUCAAUAUGAGAGUGAUCCAAUCUGGGAAUACCCCUCUACAUAUCGCAGUAAACGUCUGGGCGACAAUGAUGGCCAAACCUAAAGUAGACAACUUGGAGUGCAUCACAGAACUCCUGAAGAAUGGUGCAGACCCAAACAAAUGCAACUUUCAAGACAGAACUGCUUUACAAGAGGCAUGCUUCAUGGAGUGCACCGAAUUGGUGGACUUGUUUCUCAGCUAUGGAGGAGACAUCAACAAGCUGAACAAGGAUGGAGAAAACUGUCUAUUCAUGUUCCUAAACAGGGGGGUAAAAGUGACAAACAAUGAGCUCCUGUCAAAAUUGUUCGGGUUAACCACACCGCUCAUCUUUCAGAACAAAAAUGGCCACCUGCCCUCUUCUCUGAUGCUUCCAUGUUCUUCCAGAUUCAAGGAGCCAAUACUGAGACUUUCACAGGAGCCAAGGUCACUUAAAAGCAUCUGCAAAGCUUUUAUUUACCUCCACCACAAUCAUAACAGGACGAAGUGGCAACAAUUGCUGCCAGCUGUUCUGUAUGAAUUUGUUUUUAAUGAGUGGGACAGUUUAGAUGGACUACUGUUAGAUGUGGAGAUGAAUAAUAACAGAGCUUCAAGCUGACACCUUUGGUAUGUCCUCACCCCUUGGUGGCGCUAAUGUUACAGCAUAAAACCUUACUGUAGCCUUACCUUAAGGUCCCUGUGCAUGAUUCCUCUGGAGUGAAUGUAUUCUACCCCAUCAAUAAUGUUCUUCAGAAUGUUGAGAGUACGUUCACUAUCAACGUGUGCAAAUGGACCUGGGAGCACAAAAAGUCUGCAAUGAGGCCCACAGACACAAAUCAAAAUUUGAAAUUGUUUUGCCAAAAAUGAAAAACUAGAACAUGUAUUUACAUUCCAAGCAAGGCUGGAGUUUUGGUUCAGCAUUUCUUUCAGAAAUCCAGUCUUUUAACGAACGCUCACAUAGCUGCAUCUGAAUGUAGAGCAUUAGGUGAAACUGUACCUGCAAAGGCAGAAAAUUU